AUGUUAGCGUUGACCUCAAAAGGAAGAUUGCUUUUUCAACAAGGAACUCGUUUGUGCUCCACAGCUGGCUAUCAGUUUUUGGAUGUCACCACAGAUUCGAAAAAAGGGUAUGGCAUAUUAGAAAUGAAGAAGGGCCGUGUCAACAGUUUGAGUUUAGAAAUGAUAACAGAACUGAACAAUGCAAUAGACAAUCUCGAAAAGGACAAGAAUUGUCGUGGAGUUGUAAUCACUUCAAAAGUACCAGUGUUUAGUGCUGGUCUCGACAUAUUAGAAAUGUACCAGCCUAAGCCUGACAGGUUGCGAGAGUUUUGGAUUAGCUUUCAAGAUUUAAAGUACAAAUUAUUUAGUAGUAGUAUGGUUUUGAUUGCUGCCAUUAAUGGUGCUUGUCCUGCAGGCGGGUGUGCAAUAGCAUUCAGCUGUGAUUAUCGACUAUUGUCAGAUGGAAAGCACAAAAUGGGAUUAAAUGAAACUUUACUCGGGCUUGCUGCUCCUCUUUGGUUAAGCAACUCCAUGAAGCUUCUUGUUGGUCAUCGACAAGCUGAAAAGUUGCUUAGUUUAGGUAUAAUGUGCCCUCCUACUGAAGCUCUUAAAGUUGGCAUGGUUGAUGAAGUAGUAAAACCAGAUGAGUUGAUGAACAAAAGUUUGGCAGAAAUGGAAAAAUGGUUGAAAAUUCCAGAUGUUGGCAGAAUCCAGACAAAAGUUUUAACAAGGAGGAAGUUUCUGCAAGAAUUUCAGGAUGGACGGGAGGAUGAUUUAAACUUUUUUCUUCAAAGUAUUCAGAAUCCUCUGCUCCAAGAACAACUUGGUCAUUACCUAGAAGCAUUGAAAAAGAAAUAA